AUGGGCACAAUGGAGACCGUGGUCCCUGUCAUCAGCCAGCCGACGGCGAUGGACCAGGCCGGGUACGUGUACUCCCCACCCAGCAUCUCCUCGUGCGACAGCACCGAGAACACGAACAGCCCGAGCAGAAAAACCGGGCUGCGGGCCACAAAACGCAAUUCUAUCAAAAUGGAGCUCGGGACGGAUAAGUGUGCGGUCCUUCAUGUCGAAAGGGGUAAGGUCACUAAUACGGCGGACAUAGACUUAUCUAUGCCCGUUAACAUAAGGACCCUCUCUGAGGCUGAAACAUACCGAUACCUGGGCGGGAACAAGGCACGUGCUUUUAACGGCUGGGUCAUGCCAGUCCUCAUGUAUACCUUUGGCAUACUCAGGUGGACUCAAACUGAGCUCAACGCCCUGGACCGAAAAGUCCGCACAACUAUGACGUCCCACAGAAUGCAUCAUCCGAGAUCGUCAGUGAUGAGGCUGUACCUUCCGCGGAAGCAUGGCGGGAGGGGCUUUUUAAGCGCCCUCACCAUGCACAAUCGCGAGGUGUGCAGCCUUCGUAACUACUUUCUGGCGAGAUCGGAUGAGUCAAUCUACACGGACGUCAUUAGUUGUGAUAAAGGACUUACCCCUCUAUCCUUAGCCAACGAGCAAUGGCAGGACUCGGGAGUACUGAGCGUUUCCGACCGAGAGGCUGUAUGGAAGGAGAAAGAGCUCCACGGGAGGUUCUACAAGGCUCUACACGAGCCUUUCGUAGAUACUGUUGCCUCCCUGAACUGGCUACGUUUCGGUGACCUCUUUGGGGAAACCGAAGGUUUUGUCUGUGCGAUACAGGAUCAGAUAUACGGUUACACG